AAAAAUCCCUAUGUUAAAAACUGAAUCAUAACGAUGCAGAAUAUCAAGACAGUCCAGGGAAGUGAAGUGAAGAGCCGCAAUAUUUCACCAGCGUAAAGUUAACGAAACUUCGGUUUAGUUAUUCGUAUAUUAUAUCAAAGAAAUAGAAUGGAAGAUACAUUGUUUCAACUAAAAUUUGCAUCCAAACAGUUAGAACGAGCAUCAAAGAAAUGCGAAAAGGAACAAAAAGUACAACAAGCAAAAAUAAAAAAGGCACUACAACAGAAGAAUGUAGAGGGUGCGAAAAUUUACGCUGAAAAUGCGAUUAGAAAGAAAAACGAGUCAUUGAAUUACUUACGAAUGGCUUCCCGAGUUGAUGCGGUUUCAUCAAGAGUUCAGACUGGAGUGAUGAUGAAAGGGCUAACUAAAACGAUGGGUACAGCCGUCAAAGGAUUAGACAAAGCUCUAGCCUCAAUGGAUUUGGAGAAGGUUUCUGCAAUUAUGGAGAAGUUCGAAAAACAAGCCGAACAUAUGGACGUUCAUACUUCGGUUAUGGAAGACACCAUGGGAGCUGCAACUACUCUCACCACACCACAAAACCAGGUCGACUCAUUAAUACACCAGGUGGCCGAAGAAAACGGUCUUGAAGUCAUGGACCAACUGGCUGAGUUACAGCCUGGUUCGUCCACACUUGAAGCACCUAAAGCUACUACGCAGGAGAGCAAAGAUACUGAACUGGACCGAAGGUUGGCUGCCCUAAGAAAUUAACGGAAACUAUUGACUAACAAACUCUUACUUCAUUGUAUAGUUUUAUUACCAACUUGGAGCAUUGGCGUUUUAAAAACAUUAAAAAAUUGUUCCGUUAUUGCAUGGCAUAGAUAAUUGAUUUGUGGGGUGCAGGAUUAUCGAGCAUGAUGUUGGCUUCAGCAAAAAAAGCAUCACCACUGAUUCAUCUUUUUUUACUCAAAGAAAUGUGAAGGUGGAGACUAAAUAUAGAUAGAUUCAUGUAAAAAUUAUUUGUACUUUCAUACAGCUAGCCCCCGCU